GUUAACCUCAUUUUUAUGUUGUUUUCCUUCUUAUAAAUCAUGGAUAAUCUAAGAAAUAAUAUAAUAGAACACUUAGGAGAGUUGGAGUGUUGCGAUAGAUGUAUAUUACAACAUAUUUUAUUAUUAGAAUCUGAGAACUUUGCAAAUCCUCAGAAAUAUUUUGAAAAAUUACAAACUCAAGAGGAUAAUAAAGAAACAAACGAAGAAAGUAAGAAAAUAAAGAAAAACAUAUGUCGAUUAUGUUUGGAUAUGUUAACAGAUUCAUCGUUGGAUACCUUUGUUGAAGCAAUAGAAAAAUCCAACAUAAAUGUCUACAAAACAGACGAUUUUUAUGUAAAUAUAACAUACCCCAAAAGUGUUUAUAUAAGAAAACACGCUAUUACAUUAUAUUUAGACGAGAAAUAUCCGGAGUUUUAUAAGGAUAGUGCACCCUGCGAAAUUUUUAGUAAAGUUUUCAAAUAUUCAAUUAAUAGGAAGAUAAGUGAGAAGUUAAACAAAAAACAGUCCCAAAGAUCUAAUUUUGAGAUUAAUAUUGAUGUGGGUUAUUCAGAUGAUGAACAAGAUGUUCAAAAAUUCAUCAACUUGGAUAAAUCAAAGUUUCCAUACAGUAAUAAACAACAGUAUAAACAUAUAAGUAGGAAUAUAAUAAUAGAAGUCUUAAAUAAGGUUUCCAAAGACCAAUUUAGGAAAAUUUUUCCUGGGAUACCUGCCAUACCAAAUAAUAAGGCAGAAAUAAAUGUAGUUAAAUGUUUGGCAGCACCUAUUUUUGUGGGUGGUAGAUAUUUAAAGUUUUCCAGGAAAUUAUGUCAAACCCCGUGGAUUAUAGGAAAAGUAAAAGUUGUGGAGUUAAGCGUUCAAGAUAUAAUUUUUGAUGCAGUUGAGAAGUACAUUGGGAAACAGGAAAAAAUGACUUUUUCCUCUAGUGGCAGGGAAGAUGUCGAUGUUAGAAUGUUGGGAAAUGGAAGGCCGUUUUAUAUACAAAUCGAUAAUCCUAAAACAAGGCAAAUUUCAUUUGAACAAUUUCGUAAAAUUGAACAGGAAAUUUUGCAGAGUAAAGUUUUGGCUGUAUUACAUAUGCAGCUUGUUUAUAAAUCUGAUAUAAACCUAAUUAAAACUGGAGAAGAAAGUAAAAAGAAAACUUAUUUGGCUUUGUGCAACACAAAGGGUACAAAUUUAAAUGAAAUUAUAGAAAAAAUUAACAAUCACGGUCCAGUGGAGUUGGCCCAAAAAACACCUAUAAGGGUUCUACAUAGAAGAAAUAUGGAUACAAGGACAAAAAAUAUUUACGAAAUGACCGCAAAACCAGUACAAGGUCAUGAAAAUUUAUUCGAAUUAGAGAUGGUCACGCAAGCCGGAACGUACGUUAAAGAAUUCGUUCACGGCGAUUUUGAAAGAACCACACCAAAUUUAGGAACCAUUGUUGGUCAUGCCUGUGAUAUAAUCACUUUGGAUGUCAAAAAAAUAGGCGAGCGCACAAGCAUAAGGAAAAUUACAAAAAUCAGACAUCCUCAAAAUUCCUUAUUUAACCCAUCCAAUGAAGCCCUUUACCAUAUCACUGGAAUACAACCCAUACAAGAAAGAUUGGAAUACCUAGCGAAAAAAUUUGCCAACAAACCCGAAAACCUUAAUGUGAUGGAACCUUUGAUUCUUAAAACACAACUCGAGACAACACCAAGGAGAAAAUACCCAGAGAAAUCGUUGUAUGACUCACUCAGGGAAUUGACAGAAGAUUAA